UUGAACUUUUCUAUUCGACGGGGUUGGUUGGUUGCGGUAGUGGGUACCGUGGGCUCCGGAAAGUCUUCUCUAUUAUCCGCGUGCCUCGGCGAUCUCACUCGAAGGAGUGGGACUGCCGAGUUAAAAGGAACCACAGCCUACGUGCCUCAAACAGCCUGGAUACAACAGCAAACUUUACGCGAUAACAUUUGUUUUGGCGAAUCCCUCGAAUCUUCUCCGUCCUGUCGAGACACGCUGACUGGAAAGCGUGAGUGGUAUGACACAGUGAUCAAGGCGUGUGCACUUCAAACUGACUUGGAUCGGUUGUCGGCUGGUGAUAAGACUGAGAUUGGUGAGCGUGGGGUCAAUCUAUCAGGAGGUCAACGGCAACGUGUUAGUCUGGCUCGUGCAGUGUUUCAGAAUUGCGACGUUUAUUUGAUGGAUGAUCCACUGUCUGCUGUCGACUCGCAUGUUGGUAAACACUUGUUUGACCAAGUGCUUGGUCCAGACGGUCUCCUGAAGGAGAAAACACGUGUGGUCAGCACAAAUGCAUUUCACUGGCUGCAACAAGCAGACUGGAUUCUGGUGCUUAAUGAGAACGGUCAGUUGGUUCAAUCGGGUACCUAUCACACUACCUUCAAAGAACCACAACAGCUGACAGAACAAGACAAUAAGAUCAAAGAGAGUGAUCAAUGGAUUCAAGCAGCCGAGGAUUUGGAGGCCCGAACAUCAUCGGUAGAUAGGCAAUCAUCCUCUACAUCCGAUCAUUUCAUGGUUGACGAAGAGAUUCUACAGGGUCGUGUGUCCAUGUCUGCAUACAUCAGCUAUCUAUGUGAUAGAGGUUGGCUUUUAUCGUUGCUCAGUAUCUUAUCUUAUGCGGCUUUUCUUGGUGUACAAGCCUUUGGGAAUUAUUGGAUACAAUGGUUUGCAGAUGAUAGAGAUUUGGCGGCGCUAGAGAAGCAAGUGAACAACGAUACCAUCUGGAGCAAUGAGACCGAACGAGACAGAAUCAUAAGUGAAGUUGGUAAACAAACACUACAUUAUCUCCGUGGCUAUUCGUGGAUUGGUCUGGCUCAGCUGUGUGCCAUGCUUUGUUUUUCGAUUUGUCAUGCGACCUCAUGGAUUCGAGCGUCGAAAGUGAUGCAUCACAAACUAUUGAAACGGAUGUUACAUGCCCCAGCCGCACUAUUUGAUCGUACACCCCUUGGUCGUAUCCUGAAUCGAUUUAGCAAUGACAUUGAGAAUGUCGAUCGUAGUGUUCCGGAUGCAUUAUCUGAGAUCAUCUCCUGUGUCGGUGACUUGAGUCUUUGCAUGAUCGUGGUACUCAUCUCGUUAAAACCGCCGGGAAUGGGAUUGGUCAUCAUUAUCCCGCUGAUGAUCAUCUGCGGUAUUAUCCAGUCCCUGUACGUUCCUUGUAGUCGCCAGGUGCGGCGUCUCGAUGCAGUAACUCGGUCACCGUUGUUGGCUAAUUUCGGAGAGACAGCUGCUUCCACUUUAGGUUGCAGUGUGAUGCGAGCUUUCGGACGCACGGCUGCAUUUGUGGAGCAUGCGGAUGAACUCAUCGAUCGUAAUGCAGUUUACGGUUACUUGGGUUUCGCUAGUGGCCGUUGGUUGGAUGUGACCUUGGUUGUGAGUUAG